CUGGCAUAUGAAACGAAAGUGAAACGAAACUCUUCUCUAAACGCUAAGAACACGCGUGCUUGCUCUCAGCCUUGAUUCAGAUUGCAUGAUAUAGCAAUGAUAGACUGAAAAGGGAAUCAAGAGAGCAGCAGAGGACAGUGCUGACCAUGAUAUCACUGUGGAAGGAAAACGCCUAAACUUGUCUGCUGAGGAGAGGAAAAUGGAAGCGGCCAGUAUUUCAAUAGGUCAGGACCAGUUGAGCUGUCCAGUCUGUCUGGAUCUACUGAAAGGUCCAGUGACUAUUUCCUGUGGACACAGUUUCUGUAUGUUGUGUAUUAAUGCCUGCUGGGAUCAGGAUGAUCAGACAGGAAUCUACAGCUGCCCUCAUUGCAGAGAGACUUUCACUUCAAGACCUGUUGUACGCAGAGACAACAUGCUGGCUGUAGUGGUGGAGAAAAUGAAGAAUAUAGAACUCCAAGCUGCUUCUCCUGCUCACUGUUAUGCUGGACCUGGAGAUGUGGAGUGUAAUUUCUGUACUGGGAGAAAACUCAAAGCGAUCAAGUCCUGUCUGAUGUGUCUGGCCUCCUUCUGUGAAACUCAUCUCAAACCUCACUAUGAAGUUCCUGGCUUGAAAAAGCAUAUGUUGAUCAAAGCCUCCUCACACCUACAAAAGAAGAUCUGCUGUCAGCAUGAUGAAGUGACCAAGAUCUACUGUCGUACUGAUCAAAACUGCAUCUGCUAUUUGUGCAUGAUUUAUGAGCACAAAGGACAUGAUACAGUUCCUGCUGUAGCAGAAAGAAAUGAGAAACAGAUUGAUCUAAAGAAGGUGCAGAGGAAAUUCCAGCAGAGAAUCCAGGAGAAAGAGAAGAAGGUCCAGGAGCUGAAGCAGGCUGUAGACACUCUUAAGUACUCUGCACAGGCAGCAGUGGAGGACAUUGAGAGAAUCUUUACUGAGCUGAUCCACUCCAUUGAAAAAAAGUGCUGUGAAGUAAAAGAGCUGAUAAGAGAUCAGGAGAAGAUUGAACUGAGUCAAGCUAAAGGACUCCUGGAUCAACUGGAGCAGGAGAUUGCUGAUCUUAAGAGGAGAAACACUGAGCUGGAGCAGCUCUCCCACACAGAGGAUCACGUCCAUUUUCUCCAGAGAUUCCAGUCUCUCUGCGUCUAUUCUGGAUCUGAGGAGUCACCCGUGAUUUCUGUUAAUCAACAUCUCUCAUUUGAUGGAGUGACAAAACCUCUCUCUGAUCUGAAAGAUCGAUUUUGUAGGGAGGAAUUUAACAAAAUCUCUCCACAUGCUGCAGCAGUGCAGAUUAUUUUAUCCUCAGAGCCAAAGACAAGAGAAGAUUUCCUGAAAUAUUUCUGUCAGCUGACUCUGGAUCCCAACACAGCUCAUAAUUUCCUCAGUAUCAUUGAGAAGAACAGGGUAGUGACAUGGAAUAAGAAUGUGCAGCCAUACUCUGAUCAUCCAGAGAGAUUUGACCACUGGCGUCAGGUGUUGAGUAAGGAGAGUGUGUGUGGACGCUGUUACUGGGAGGUGGAGUUGCCUAAUAGGGGACAUGUGUCUAUAUCAGUUUCAUAUAAAGGGAUUAGCAGGAAAGGAGAUAGUUAUGAGUGUAGGUUUGGAAUGAAUGCUCAGUCCUGGAGACUGCAGAGAUCUCCCAGUCUCUGUUUCUGGCACAACAACAUUAAGACUAAAAUCCUAGACCCCCCAUCCUCCAGAAUAGGAGUGUAUGUGGACCACAGUGCAGGAACUCUGUCCUUCUAUAGAGUCUCUGACACAAUGUCCCUCCUACACACAGUCCAUACUACAUUCACUCAGCCCCUCUAUGCUGGGUUCUGGCUUGGUCUGGGUUCAACUGUGAAGAUAUGUGAUCCCUAACAGAUUAAGAUGAAGUUGAGUUGAAAAUACUUAAUGAUUGGAAAGCUCCCUUUAUUAUCUUGCUCUUUUUACAGACCUGUCUAGGCUUUUUAUACAGUGGAUCACAAUAUUUUAAUUGAUGGAUUACAGAUAUUGGUUUCUGGGACGAUGCAAGACAGGAGGCAGGAACAAUUUGGAAUAUCCUUAAACAAAAACAUGUCUAUUGGAUUCGAAAGAAAAAGACAAAAAUUCUACACAUAAGAAUGUAUACGUAACAUACAAACAAAUUUACAAAGGCAGUCACUAGGGUUACAAAAGGAGUCACAGAUGGUCAAAUACAAAAGCACAACAUGGCCACAAUAACAGACAAGGGAUGAGACUAAAAGUGGGUAUUUAUACUGACACAACGAUAGAGAAUGAGAUGCAAGUGAAGCAGGGAACAUGUGGGAACAGAGAGGUAAACAAAAGGGCAUGCUGACAAGGAAAAACAAAUACAGCACCAUGUGAGCCUCAGCACUCACAGAGUUUAGCUUUGGCAGCUGCAAGUUCUUGUAAAUAUAGAUAACUUUUAAAGUUGUUGUUUUUUUUUUAAGGUCAGCAUUGUCUUUUGUUACCAAAAAUAACUUUUAAAAUAUUUAUUAUGCUGCAUAUUCAGCUUAUUACAAAAAGGUUUUUGUUAGGAUUUUUUUCUACUGUGUGAAGGCAACUUUAACCUAUUUUUUUUGUUGUUGUUCAAUCAAAUUAUAUUUGUGGUAACAAGCAGUAGUUGAAUGUUUUUCAUGUAUCAGAUGUAUUCUGAUUGACUACUUAAAAUGAUUCCAUGGAAACAUUUAGCCUAAUCAGAACAGUGGAAUUUCUGGAAGCAGCAUGUUUGCAGAUGUUUAUACUUUUAAAUA